AUGACCGCACGAGAUGCUCACACCUUUCGUGAGUAUCAUGGCGAGAAUAUACCGCCUUACGUUAUUACCUCACAUCGAUGGUCGAACGAUGAAACGACCUACAAGGAUGUCCUAAAGAAGAGGAACACUACCAGCAAAGGCUGGGGCAAGAUCGAGGGCUUCUGCGAUCGAGUGCAAAGUGACAAUGGGCUCCUCAAAGCGUUCGACAACGCUACUUGCUGCGAUUGGAUCUGGGUUGACACGUGCUGCAUCGAUGCUAGGAGUAGUGCUGAAGUGUCCGAAUCCAUAAACUCGAUGUUCCAGUGGUAUGCUGAUGCACAGGAAUGCUAUGCUUACUUGACUGAUGUGCGAUCGAUUCCCGCGAGUGGAGAUGUCAGCGAAGUCUUGGAUGACUUCAGGAAGAGCGAGUGGUUCAGGAGAGGUUGGACAUUACAAGAGUUGGUGGCCCUUAAAUGCGUGGUGUUCUUCACCAGGACCUGGGAGGUCAUUGGGCAUAAAUGUGCCUAUUGCACUGGAGCAGCAAAAUGA